UAAACUGGGAGUUUGGACACUGUCAGAGAUAAUGGUGGGCUGAGAUGACAACAUGAUAUUCUUGUUCCUUGCUUUAGAUAGGCAGGACUAGGCUCUUAUCUUACAUUGAGUGAUUCAUGACUUUAUCGUCUUUCUUAUCUAUAAUUUUGACAUUUAUCUGCCGAGUUAUCAUAUUGGAAUUUGGUGUUUAAUGCCUCGUAUGUGGGCAGCCCGAUUUUGGAGUGUUCACUUAGGAGUUAGGACAUCAGUAACUUGUUCUUUGAAGAUAUGUAGUUUCUUAAAACCAAGUUUAGAAUUAUAUUUGGUAAUGUCAUACAUAAAUUAGGCUUUUAUUAUCCACAGAUUUGAUUGCUUUAUCAUUUGCAGCUCUGUCAUUUUGCUACUUGCCAUGUUUAUUAACUUUUCACUGUUGUUCUUGUUAUUAUGAAGGGGUCAACUCAUUUUCCUUAGAGUCAUGAAUUUAAUUUUUCAAUUUGCUAGUUCUUCUAAGGAGCUAUCUAUGAUAGGAACAACUUGAGAGUAACGAGCAAUUGAGUUUUGGGGAAUGAUACUUAUGAAUGCUAAUUAGUGCUUUUAUGGUUCUUCUAUUGUUAUUGAUUGUGAGGUAAAUUAGAGUUUUGAAAGGGAGAUUCUAAGGUUUUGGGGCAUAGAUUGAGAUCUAUUUUGUAUGAAAUUGUUUGCAAAAAGUAAAGCGAAGAUGAGGGAAAAUUUUUUAAACUUUGCACGUGGAAAUGUCUCAGACUUCAUGCCCAUGGUUGGGGCCUUAUCACAACUAAGUUAUGGCUGUUUGCACAAUCCUAAAUAGGGAUAAAAGCUCUAAAAUUUUGUAAAAUUGAAUGUUAACUUUAGCAUUCAUAUUUGCUAAUUGCUAGGGGUUCAGUGAUUUCUAGUAACACUGGGUGUAACAAAAUUGAUCUGAGCAACACCAAAAUCAACAUGUUUAGUGUCUUGAUAGCUAGAAUCCCUUCCUCUUAUUUUCUAUGUUUCUGGCUGGUUCCCCUCAUCUCUUUAAGUUAAGAUUACUUAACCAAAAUGUCUUCUUUGGCUUCAUGUUUGGCUUCUUCAGGAAUUCUAUGUGAGUCAUUUUGGGGUGUACCUAAAAUUGUAACAUGGUGAAUGAUUGCUGAACUUUUUAAUUUGAAAAAUCAAGUUUGAGCUCAGGUACUUCGCUCUCAACUUUGAUACUUUCUCAAGAAAUCGGAAAGCAUUCUUUUUCAGCUUGUUUGUUUGGGAUAAGAAGGACGAUGUAUUUUGCACAUGGAUUUGGUUCUUUUCCAUUGUAGCCAUAAUGAGGUCCAUAAGCAACAUCCAACAAAAUCCAUGGGCACUUCUUGACAUUAUAUGAUGGUUUCAAUUCGCACAGUUAUAUGAUUUUGUAAUGAAUGCUCUUUACAAACAGCAUUCAUUUAUUCUCAAUUAUCUGAAAGGAAUCUCUUUACAAUCCCAAAUUGAAUAUGAGAUCAAAUUUAACUCUGGCCUGAUGCUUGAUCCAACGAAGGAAAAGGACAGAGAGAAGAAGCAUAAGAAGGAGAAGAAGAACAAAGAAAAGAGAGAAGGUAAAGAUAAAGAAAAAAGGGAAAAAGAUAGAAGUGAUGGAAAGCUUAGGGAUAAGAAAGAGAAAAAGGAUAAGCACAGAGGCAAAAAGGAGAGGGACAGAGAUAAGGAUAAAGACAAAAUUAGUGCCCCAGAUGCGAAGAGACUUCCAGGGCAAUCUGAACGUAACAUUGGAGAUAAAACCCCAGAUGAGAAGAAAAUUUCUGGGAAAUCUGAGAUUAAUAGUGGAGAAAUAUUCAUCCAAAAGGGAAAGGAAAGAGACUUAGACAGAAAAAGUAUCUCAGAUGAAAAGAAAUUUGCUGGGCAAUUUUCAGGUUACAGUGAGAGGGCCUCUCAGAACAGCCAUCUCACUGAGCAACCAAAGGAGUCUAAUUUUGUACAUGAGGUGAGCAGGAGGACAAGAGAUGAAGUCGGAGGAAUCGGAAAACAGUUGGUUGAGAACAUCAUUAGUGCGGAUGCUAGAAAGGAUGAGCGAAUGGUCAGAUUUGUGGCUAACACUACUGGGACUUUGGCCGAUAGCAAGGAAAAGAACAAGAGGGGUGAUGAGCAAGGAAUCAGGGAUGAGUCAAGAUUUUCUGGAAAGGCAAUAGCUUCUAUCCUUCCUGGAACUGUUCAGACUAAAAUUGAUAAAACACCAAUACGACUGGAGAAAGAUUUUGAGAAAAGGAUUGAAGGGAAAGAAACAAACAAACAAAAAGAAGGUGAUGAUCGACAUGGCGAUAAACAGAAGGAUAAAGAUAAGGGGAAAGGAGGCCAAGGGAAGGACAAAGAAAAGAAAAAGGAGGAGAAAGCAAAGAAGAAAAAUGAACAUAAAAUUCCAGAGCUGGAUAAAUUAAAAGAAAACAACAAGGUAGACCAUACAGCUAUCCAUAAUGCAAAAGCUUCUCAUCUUCCCAAGGAGAACACUAAGAGUGGUGUCACUGAGGGAAAUCCAAGGAAACGAAAGGACUCGGACACAAACGGAUUCUUUAAUGCUAAUGACAUUAAGCCCAGUAAGAUGCCAAGACCUACUUCCUCUCAUCCAUUGAUGGAAAAUGGAAAGAUAUUGGAAACUCCUCAAACUUCUAUUCCAUUGAUAUCUGAUAGGCAUAGGGCGGUCAAUAAUCUUAAGGUUGAUGGUAAAGAAUGCAAGAUAAAUGGUGUAAUAGAAGCUCAGGCAUCAUCUAUCGCCUCAGCAACACAGCCACUGUCCAUUCCUACAGCAAAGUCUUUGCUCACGACCGCACAGGCUGAUCAAAUAGCUAAAGUGUUUAGGAAACAACCCCAUCCUGAUACCAAGUAUCUAACUGAGGUGCUUACAGUGCCCAAAAUUGAAGAGUGGUGUGAUUUUGACGACCAAGAGUGGCUUUUUCAAGGUAGAGAUUCUCAAUCAAAGAAGCCCAAGAUGGGUUCUUUUGGGGUUGAUGAGGCACCCCAUGUAUGGUCAGAAGCUUUGCAGAUUGAAUCAGCUGAUGUCUGUGCUCUGCCAUAUGUAAUUCCAUACUGAUAGGUCAUUUUGUGGACUGUGGUUUACAUUUUGUUCGUCAGAUGUGGUGGACCAUCCAACACAGUACAACUGGGGGUUUGGAAUAGCAACAUUCGAAGCUUGGUCUAAUUAUUUGAUGAUCUUGAUGCUGCAUUCUUCUGAUUUCUGCUAUAUUGCAGUCUACAUUCUUUUGACUGCCUCAGUUUUGUAACAUUGCUGAAUGAAAAUGAUCUAUCAUGUGGUUCUGGCACGUCCCAAGAAAAGCUAUGAUCGGAGGGGCAGGUUUUACUUCUGCAUGCGGUACCAUUAAUUCAUUCAAAAUGGAAAUUUUCAUACAGGGAACUGAGUGGGGUUGCUUGGAAAAGGUUGAUGUAUAAGCUUGUGCAAUUUUAUUUUAUUUGCUUAAAGCUAAGAUCUUUCUAAUCGAGAAUGUUAAGAGAAACUAGCUGUGGUCUUUGCAGCUCCACCACAAUUUUGUUUUGUAAAAUACAACUCUUAUUUACAAGAAAUGUAAGAUAGAGGGGGGGAAAGAAAAAGAAAAAGUAGUCGCAUUCAUUUA